CUGCAUCUGUUUACAAUACCCGCAUAUCUUGGAACCCAUUAACCCUGUCCCCUCUCGGACCCUUCUCUGACCCAAGAGGGACAGGGAACCUCUCAGGAGAUUCUCCGAGAAGGCAGCCUAGCACAGCUGCAAGCGAGUCAGGCUACAUAAGACCAGACUCUGCCCUUGCAGAAUGCCCAGGCUGAGAUGAAGUCUACCAAGGACUCCCGUUCCCACCUCAACCCUCAGCCCAGACCCUACUAGUCACUAGGCAACCAACCCUGAUCAUAGCCUUUGAUGAGCUGCGGACUGACUUCAAGAACCCCAUCGACCAGGGGAACCCAGCGCGGGCAGUAAGUGAUACAUGUGCUGUGCUGAGCGCGAGCGUUUGAAAAACAUCGAACGCAUCUGCUGCCUCCUGAGGAAGCUGGUGGUCCCGGAAUAUUCCAUCCACGGCCUCUUCUGCCUGAUGUUUCUGUGUGCGGCAGAGUGGGUGACCCUGGGCCUCAACAUCCCCCUCCUCUUCUACCACCUCUGGAGGUACUUCCACCGUCCUGCGGAUGGCUCUGAGGUCAUGUAUGAUGCGGUCUCUAUCAUGAAUGCUGACAUCCUCAACUACUGCCAGAAGGAGUCCUGGUGCAAACUCGCCUUCUACCUGCUCUCCUUCUUCUAUUACCUGUACAGUAUGGUUUAUACGUUGGUGAGCUUCUAAGGGUGAAGCCGGCCAGGGAGCAAGCCCAGAAUGGACCGGACGCCUGUGCACCCCUAGCCCUGCCCUUCUGGCCACAGAGGCCUCAGCCCCGGGGAGACAGGGGGCACUGGUGCCUCCAGCCUCUUCACCCCCCAAACUGCUGCUGCGGGGACCCCCCGCCUUCAGAGCUCUCCCCCUCCAACUAGGGCCAGGCAAAGCUCUACCUAGGGGUGGGGGCUCCACUGCUAGCCUGCAGCUAGGCAUGGCAGUUGUCCUGGAAGAGGCAGGACUUCCAGUCUUGUCUGUUUCAGGGGAACUUGGGCCCUGCCACCAGGCAGACCUUGAUCUUGGAAAUUCUGGGCAGCCCCCCUUGGCCCUCACCCUGAAGCUCCCCCUGCAGGUGGGGGGGCACCUGCACCAGGAAUGAGCAGGCUCAAUAUGGGGGCAGCCCCAUCCCCAGUCUGCCCUCUCCCCUCCCCAGGCUCUCUUUCCAUCCCAGUCUCUACUUCUCCCAAACCCAGCCCACCUGCCCCUCGGUCCUAUUUUCUAUGUUGCCUGGAGGAGUCCGGCACCCCCUCCCCGGCCAUUUGUGACAAAAUAUGAAUAAACAACUGAAAACACACAA